UACAACUGCUCCAACCGCUUUUCCCGCCCUAGUCACUGUAAAAAUGUGGAGAGGGGCGUCGUCCGUACGUCUGUACGUUUGUGCGCCGAGGCAUGAGAGCGGUGUCUCCGCGUGAGCCACCUUGGGAACAUUGAACUUAUUCAUCUCCCAUUGCAAACUAUGCCAGGUCUUAGUGGUGGGAGGGAUCAUGAAUUGCCCGCCCCUUUCCCUGGGGGCGGGGCAACAAGUCAUGACGCCAUCAAAGGGCGUCGGAGAAAGAACGAUACGCAAGUUGGAGAUGUUGGAGUCAGUUUUAGCUCUUGGCGGCUUUGUCCUUCUUCGAGACUCUGUGGAGUGGGAGGGCCGCAGUCUUUUGAAGGCGCUAAUCAAGAAAUCUGCGCUGUGUGGAGAGCAGGUCCACGUCCUGGGCUGUGAAGUGAGCGAGGAAGAGUUUCGCGAAGGUUUUGACUCCAGUAUCAACAGCCAGCUAGUUUACCAUGACCUUUUCAGAGACCCUCUCAACUGGUCAAAGACUGGGGAGGCCCUUCCUGGGGGACCCCUGGGAGUCUUGAGAGCCAUGUGCAGGAGGACAGGUCCUGGUCCUGUCACCAUUGCUCUUGAUUCACUUAGCUGGCUGCUGCUUCACCUUCCCUGCACCACAGUCUGCCAGACCCUGCAUGCUCUGAGCCAUCAGGACUCCCGCCCUGGUGACAGCUCCCCAGUAGAACACGUGCAUGUGCUGGGCCUGCUACAUGGAGAGCUUCAUGGCCCAGGCCCCAUGGGAACAUUGAGUGCCCUUGCUCGGACUGAGGUGACCCUGAGCGGUACUGGGAGCCAGGCCUCAGCUCACAUUCUCUAUAGGAGGCCCCAACAGCGUCCAACACAUGAGACUCACUGGUUCUCCAUCCUGUCUGACUUCGGCGUGGAUCUCCAGGGGGUGUCUCCCCUGAAGUCCCAGCCCCACCCAGAUCCUCUUACACCCCCGGUGGAUCCCACUACUCACUUGACUUUUAACCUUCACCUGUCCAAGAAAGAGAAGGAAGCCAAAGAUAGCCUGACCCUGCCCUUCCAGUUCAGCUCUGAAAACAGGCUCUCCUGUGCCGUGGUCUCGGCCAGGCUACCAGCCGCAUCUUCUAUGAACCAGAUGCUUACGAUGACCUGGACCAAGAGGACCCAGAUGAUGACCUAGAUAUUUGACUGGCCAUGCGAUUUGAUUAGACUGGAGGCGGUUAGGGAAACCUUGGGCCCAUAACCAUCCUUUCAUUGUUUAAGUUGGCCUUACCCUGUCCCAUCUUUGUUUCCUCCAUCUCUGGAGGCUCUUCCUAUGACUCAUGAGCCAGAGAGUAGCAUCCAGUCAGGAGAAAGGAUGGGAGUAGAGAGGAGGGUGAGAGACUAGGAAAUCUGCCCCUCAAGCCUAAUAAACUUUUGUUUGUAGUUAAACUAAAAAAA